GGAGAUCCUUGUUCCGGGAUCACUUUAUCCCAAGAUUAUCUCCUUCCAGGAGAAGCUCAUCCUGGGAUCCCCCACCCCUGCCACCUGCUGCUAAUUCCGGGGUCCCUCCUGCUGCACUUCGGGGUCUCCCUGUGUUCUCCUGCCAUGGCUGAGCCCUCUGGGGCUGGGGACAGCAUCCCAUUGGAAUGUCCUGGCCUGGACACAGCCGCUGGGGAGGAAUUCCUGCAGGAAGUGUUCCAGAUCCUGCUGGAGGAGGGCGUGCGGAAGAGCACAGAUGUGACACAGAAGGUGUGUGACUGGAAGGAGCCGCAGGAGCUGCGGGACCUGCUGGAUCUGGAGCUGCGGAGCGACGGGGAGGGGCGGGAGCGGCUCCUGCAGCGCUGCCGGGACGUGCUGCGCUUCAGCGUCCGCACUGGUCACCCUCGGUUCUUCAACCAGCUUUUCUCAGGGCUGGACCACCACGCCCUGGCUGGCCGGUUCCUCACCGAGACCCUCAACACGAGCCCGUACACAUAUGAAGUGGCCCCAGUGCUGGUGCUGAUGGAGGAGCAGGUCCUGACCAAGCUCCGGGAGCUCGUAGGGUGGAGCAGUGGCGAUGGGAUCUUCGCUCCCGGGGGCUCUAUGUCCAACAUGUUGGCCAUGAACGUGGCGCGAUUCCAGCGUUUCCCGGAGAGCCGGAACAGAGGGAACUGGGACCUGCCUCGCCUGGGCCUGUUUGCAUCCCAGGAGAGCCAUUACUCCAUCCUAAAAGGAGCUGCUCUCCUGGGAAUUGGCACGGACAAUGUUCACCUGGUGCGGACAGAUGAGAGGGGGAAGAUGAUCCCAGAAGAGCUGGAGAAGGAGAUCCAGAGGGUGAAAGCUGAGGGCUCGGAGCCCCUCUUUGUGUGUGCCACGAGUGGCACCACUGUCCUGGGCGCUUUUGACCCGCUGGAUGCCAUCGCUGACGUCUGUGCCCGCCACGGGCUGUGGCUGCAUGUGGACGCAGCAUGGGGGGGCAGCGCCCUCCUGUCCCCCCGACUCCGUCAUCUGCUUGCCGGCAUCCACAGAGCUGACUCAGUGACCUGGAACCCCCACAAGCUGUUGAUGGUGGGGUUGCAGUGCUCGGCAUUCCUGCUCCGUGACAGCUCCGGGCUCCUGCAGCGCUGCCAUGGCGUGGGGGCCUCGUACCUGUUCCAGCGGGACAAGUUCUACGACGUGUCCCUGGACACAGGGGACAAGAGCCCCCAGUGUGGCCGCCGCGCCGACGGCCUCAAGCUCUGGAUCCUCUGGAAAGCCGUGGGGACCCGGGGGCUGGCACAGCGUGUGGAGCGGGCGUUUGGUGCCACUCGGUAUCUGUUGGAGCAGGUGAAGAGGAGGGAGGGAUUCCAGCUGGUGAUUGAGCCGGAAUUUAUCAACCUCUGCUUCUGGUUCAUCCCACCCAGCCUGCGGGGCCAGGAGAACUCCCCAGAAUUCUGGGACAAACUGGGAAAGGUGGCCCCAGCCAUCAAGGAAAAGAUGAUCCGGAGGGGCUCCAUGAUGGUGGGAUACCAACCCCAAGGAUCCCACGUCAACUUCUUCCGGCAGAUUAUCACCAAUCCUGCUGUCACCCGCCAGGACCUGGACUUCUUCCUGGAUGAGAUACAGGAAUUGGGAUGGGAUCUGUGAGCACUCCCAAAAACCCCUGUGAAAGACCCCAAAACCUUGCCCCCAUCCCUGAGGAAGAGGAGCAGAGCCUUGAUU